AUGGCACCUCAACGACUUAAACGAUCUAAAAGAAUCCAGAAGCCAAAUCCAAAGUAUGUCGAUAUAACUAUUAUAGAUGACGAAGUUAAAGAGCCAGAGACGUAUGUAGAAGCAUCACAAAAUACGGCUUGGCAAAAAGCGAUGGAGGAAGAAAUUAUAGCCCUAGAGCAAAAUCAAACUUGGGAACUAGUACCAAGAUCAGAAGAUGUCAAAUUCAUCUCUUGCAAGUGGGCUUACGAAAUAAUGUGUCUCUCGGAUGGAUCAAUCGAAAGAUACAAGACUCAAUAUGUAGCUCGAGGGUUCUCUCAAGAAUAUGGACUAGACUAUGAUGAAACGUUUAGUCCAGUGGCGAAGAUAACUAUCAUACAAGUUCCUCCAGUACUUGUGGUAAAUAAAGAUUGA